AUCCUGUUUGUCCUACGAUCUUCUCUCACAAUUUUUGUCUUCUCUUAUCUCGAAAGCAAAAGUUACGACGAAACUGUAAUAUCGAUUUUAUCAAGUUCAGUGAUAAAUAAUCUGCUGUAAUGUUAUUCUCAUUGUGAAUUUAUCAUUGUGGCCAUUAUUUCUCUAUGAAACUGUCGUAAAAAGAAAUCAAGAGAGUUAUUUUCCCAAAUAAAUUCAAUGCGCCACAUAAUCAACAAUGUAUGGAAAAAAUCUUGCGCUUUGGUGUUACAUGUUUCCACUCAUUGCUUCAUCUUUGAUGCUUUGGCCAAAUUCCACGAAUGACGACAGAGAAAAAAAUACGACGUUGCGAUAUCAGCUUGAUGCAAACCCCAUGAAACAUUAUGACGACGAAAAGGAUUUGAGAUAUAAUUUGCAAAAUUCUACAAAAAAUAACGAUGUUACGCAGUAUGCGUAUCGUAUCAAUUUCACGAGUAAUAACAGCGAGGAUGACAAUUGGAUGCCAUAUAAAUUUCAAACAUAUACCGCAAAAAAAUAUGACAAUGAUAGUCAAACAUUAGUGGAGUCUCGCAUUAACUCAACGGAGAUAAGCGAAAAGAAAAAUUUUAUGUCACGGGAAAUCCAUAUAAAAUGGAACAAUAUUAUUAAAGGCGAAAAUGAUUCUACGUACGAUUUCUUUAAAAAUUUUGAUAGGUACAAUAUCAUUCCGGACAAGAUGUGCGACAAUGUUAUUUGCAUUCGGUUAUGCUGCCCUUUCGGUAAUCGUCUGGUUAACGGAAAGUGCAUUGCCGAGCACGGUAACUUUAUUUUCCUGGAAACAAUGUAUGGAUAUAUUAAUGAUUCGUUGCAAAACAAAAAUAAACGAAUAAAUGAUCUAUUUCUUCUGCUCGUUCACGAUCCGUGUCAGAAGACUGGACACUAUUUGCUUAGUUCCAACCAGAAUGCGUUUCUCGUUAAUGGCUCUGUGUAUCUACCUUAUUACAAUUCGAUCAUUGAACCAACAUCUUAUUGUCUCGCGGUUGUGGAUCACAAUAUAUUUGCUGUGAAUGUUUGUUUUGAUAUUAUGAAAGAAAUCAUGAAUAAGGCUAUAAAGUACAUUAAAAAUACAAUUGAUCCAAGUUUUAUUCAAUCAUUCAACCAGUUUUCUAUAAAUGAUAACUGGUUGUCUACCAAAGACAAUUCCAAUAUAAUUAAUAAUAAAAACAGUAUUGUUUUGAACAAUAUAUGCGACAAUAUUACUUGUAUACGCCUAUGUUGUCCUUUUGGUAAUCGCCUGAUUAAAGAAAAAUGCAUUGCCGGACAGGGUAACUUUAUUUUUCUACAAAAUAUGUUUGGAUACAUUAGUGAUUCGUUGCUAAACGAAAAUAAAAGCGUAGACAAACAAUUUCUUUUGAUCACUGACGAUCCCUGCCAGAAGACUGGACACUACUUUUUUUAUCCCACAUCUGACAAUGUGUUUUUGAAUGAUGGCUCUUGGCACCUAAAUGAACACAACGUAACUAUCGAAUCAACAUCUUAUUGUCUCGCGGUCGUGGAUACCGGCACAGAUGUUCCUCAAUAUGAAUUUACUGUGAACGUUUGCCUUGACAUAGCAAACAAGUUUAUAAAAGAUGUCAAAAUCCCGAUAAACCAAGAUAAAAAUGCAAUUUUUUGUACAAAGACAAUCAUAUUUAUGUGCGGCUUUCUAGGGUCUCUACUGUUUUCGAUGGUGAUGUUUAUAGUGUACUCCAUAAUACCAGAACUCCGUAAUAUACACGGUUUCAUAUUGUGUGGAUAUAGCGGCUCGAUAGCCGUCUUGAACACAAUGGAAUUGGUAAAGACAUUCAUCAAAAGGGAUGCUAUAGGGGACUUCAUCUGUAUUGCAUAUGCUCUUUUCAAAUAUUAUUUCUUUAUGGCAAGCUGGUUUUGGUUAAAUGUAAUGAGUAUCGAUAUGUGGCAUACAUUUAGUCAAUUACGUUCGUUACAAAAAGAUGUGAAACAACAAGAAAAAAAGAAGUUAAUAUAUUAUUCUGUUUACGGUUGGGGAGGCCCCUUUAUGCUCGCUAUUAUUUGCGGCAUCAUGGAUUUUGUCCCUGGUGUACCGGAAAAUUUUCGACCAAAAUUUGGCAAAGAAUGUUGGUUUGAUAGUUAUAUAACACGCAUGUUGUAUGUUCACGGAAUUGUAACUAUUUGUAUUAUCAGUAUUAUUUGGUUAUGCAUCUGUACGGCACGAAAAAUCUCACACUACGAAAAGGACAUUGUUUAUCAGAGACGACGUUAUAAAGACAACAAGCAAUGGUUCAAUCUGUACUUGAAGACAACUAAAAUAUUAUUUAUCAUCUUUUGCAUAAAAUUACCCAUGAAUGUGUUAAGCAUUAAAAAAUCAUGUACCUUCUUAUAUUCUCUUUUUAUGCUAGAUGUCUUACAGCAAUUUUGCAUUUUUAUUAUAUUUGUAUGGAAAAAAAAGAUAAGGCUGUUGUUGCUAAAGCGAUUUAGUUGAGAUAUAUUUUCAACAAGCUAUCGCAUCUUUAAAUUAUAGAUUAUAUAUCAGGGAUGAUUUCUCUGUGGGAAAAGAUUAAUUUUUAUGGAAAAACAAAUUCUCACGCAAAUAAUUCGUCCACUUUGAUUGAUCUUUAGUGCUACUAUACACGGUGAAAUAAUUUUAUCAUAGGUCAAAAGUCGCCAAGUAUUCAACGAUUAAUUACAAUGCUAAAAUAAUUUUUAAUCAAUGAUUAAUUUUAUAUUAUCCUUACAUUACAUUGAUCGUUUUGUUUGAUGGAAUGAUGGUCUUGAUCUCUACUCAAAUAUGUAUUUGUAAGACUUUUCUUAAAUUUUUUUUUACAAUUUGUAUUUUCUAAUUUUUUGAUAACAUUUUUUAUUAGCAUUAUCAAAAAUUGUUGAAACAUGUCCUUGAUUUAUUGUACCAAUAUUAUUGAAUUAUCCUAUAUUUGCAUGUUAUCAUUAGUUAUUAUGAUCAUCUCUAACAAUAAGGCAAAUAACAUGUAUAUAUACAUAUACAGGGUCCCAAAGUACUAUAGCCACGGCUCGUGACCGGGUAGAACACAAUAAACUGAACAAAAAAGUUCUUUAUCAUUUUACAAUUUUUGCAAUAAUUAUUAAUUAUAUUAAUAAUAUAAUUAAAAAUUAUUAUUUAUAUUAUUAUUAACAAUAAUUAUUUAUUUUAUUUUAUUUUUCUUAAAUAUUUUUAUUAUUUUUUAAAUUAUCAAUUAUUACAAUAAUAUCUUACAAAUAUUACUAGUUGCAAAAGUGAGAUACACUUUUUUUAUAUUAGUAAAUAAUAUAGAUAGCAAAAUAUAAUAUAUAUAUACUUUGGCAUUUUUCCGUCAAUCAACUAUCAUACUAAUUUUUUGUAAAGAUAUAUUGAAGUUGUCAGCUAUUAAGCCAUGCAAAAAGAAAUAUUACAGAAAGCAUUGUACAAUACAAAUAAAAGUAGAUAAAAAGCAAUAAAAGAUUUUAUUUUAAUUUAGAAAAAAAUAAAAAUUAAUUUAGCAAAUUAUUUAGCAUAAAAUUAAUUUUCUAUGUUAUAUUUUGCAUUUCCUAAUAUUUCUUUUUUUAUAAAGCAUUUUAUCGUUUUUUGCAAAAAGCAAACUAUUAUUUGUGCAUGAUAGUACAAAAUGACAAUAAUUAUUUUUAUACUUAAAAUAUAAUAUAUUAUGUAAUAAGAUAAAAAGACAAUCAAUUAUAUAUAUUUUAAAUUCAUAACUUAUUUAUUCAAUCAUAUAUUAUUUAAUAACAUAUAUCAUAUAUUAUUUACUUGAUAUUCUGGAAAUUAUGUUGCAACAAAUCUUGUACAAGCCGUACAGUAUUUUAAGUUUUCAAAAUGUUCUACCAAUUCCGUCGUAUGAAGAUCUUGUUUCUUAUAUCGUAGAAUAAAUAAAUC